AUGACAUUCCUUGAGGAUACGUUGAUAAUAUUAAUUUCACAAAUAGUUUUCUUCGUUGGAGGCUGGAUAUUCUUUGUUAAGCAAUUAUUUCGAGACUAUGAAGUCCACCACCUGCUGGUUCAGCUUAUAUUCUCGGUCACCUUUGCACUAAGUUGCACAAUGUUCGAGCUAAUCAUAUUUGAAAUCAUUGACUAUUUGAACUCCAGCUCCAGAUAUUUUCACUGGAACUUGGGUCUGUACUCGUUACUGUUCAUGGUGAUAGCCUUGAUACCAUUCUACAUUGCAUAUUUUUGUAUCAGUAAUAUUAGAUUUGUCUCACAAAAUAUGAUAAGGCCACUAACCAUAUUUGUUUGGUUUGUUUACUUAUAUUUCUUCUGGAAAAUUGGCGACCCGUUCCCAAUUUUGAGUCCAAAACAGGGAAUAUUUUCAAUAGAGCAAGGGGUAUCCCGUAUUGGAGUGAUCGGAGUCACAGUGAUGGCUCUCCUGUCCGGAUUUGGUGCUGUCAACUAUCCAUAUACUUCUAUGGCUAUAUUUAUAAGGCCAGUAACACAAUCUGAUGUCCUAUCAAUAGAGAAGAAACUCCUACAGAAUAUGGACAUGAUAUUGGUGAAAAAGAAAAGGAUAGCGCUAGCCGAAGCCAAUAGUGUGGGAGCGAGACAACAAUACAAUAUGUUGGACCAAUCCAAUGUUAAGAAUAGAGGCGGUUUCUGGACCAAUAUUUUGUCCAGUGUUGGUAGUAUUGCUAAUCCUUUGGGACAUGGGAGUGAAAACAUACACCAACUUCGCCAAGAAAUAGCAGGACUUGAGGAGUUGAGUCGCCAGCUGUUCUUAGAAGCUCAUGAUGCAAGAACUAUGAGAGAGAAGAUAGAAUGGUCCAAGACCUUCCAGGGGAAAUACUUCAAUUUCCUCGGAUAUUUCUUCUCGCUGUACUGUGUUUGGAAGAUUUUUAUUUCUACAAUAAACAUAGUAUUCGACCGUGUGGGCAAGAAGGACCCAGUGACUCGUGGGCUUGAGAUAGUGGUCCACUGGCUCGGUUGGAACAUAGAUGUCGCCUUCUGGUCGCAACAUGUCUCCUUCAUACUGGUUGGAUGUAUUGUACUGACUAGUAUUCGAGGAUUACUGCUUACGUUAACUAAGUUCUUCUACAAAAUAUCAUCAUCGAAAUCGUCGAACAUAAUCGUGCUAAUACUCGCUCAAAUAAUGGGAAUGUACUUCUGUUCCUCCGUUCUUCUGAUGAGGAUGAACAUGCCUCCAGAAUACCGCAUCAUCAUCACCCAAGUCCUAGGUGAUCUGCAGUUCAACUUCUACCAUCGAUGGUUUGAUGUCAUCUUUCUAGUAAGUGCUUUAACUAGUAUAUUUACGUUAUAUUUAGCGCAUAAGCAACCGUCAGUAAACUAA